GAUAAUUUUGAGGUUAACAAACUGUCAUUAUCUGUCACUUAUAUCCCUGUUUUUUACAUUUUUACUCAUUUUCGCUAUUAUUUUUGGUUCUUACGGUUAAUAUACGUUGUUUUAAUACUAAAGAUGUUAAUUUCAUUAAGAAACGAUCAUCGGCAGCAUCUAAAACAGUUGUCAAAUGAAACAACUCAAGUCGUUACUGAUUUUUGUAAAAUCGCUAUCGAUUUUCUUCAAAAUGGACCGAAUACGAAGCUUUAUAAUACUGCAGCAAAAAAGUUAAAUUGGGAAAUGGAAGAUGUUCAAAAUUGUGUUUAUUCCUUGGUGUAUUUGCUUGUAAUUAGUUGUAAACAUAAAUUAAAUGAGUCAGAUUUUCGUGAUUGUAUUCUCACAAUUGGAUUCACUGAAGAACAACAGUCUGUUCUAAGCUCUUUUUAUGAAACGAAAAACGACGUGAUUUUGGAAGCCCUAAAAAAGACGUCUUUCCACGAGCCACAUUAUAAUAAUUUGGAUUGGAGAUUUGAGGUUCAAGUUGCAUCGAGAUCCUUAUUACAUCAGUGCCAACCCCUUGUUGCCAUGAAUCUUACUUUAACGACAGAAAAAAGCGCUAUAAAUGAAACGAUAAAAGAAAACAUAUAUUUGCAAAGUAAUUUAACCAAUUUAUUACAUGUUACAGAAGAAUUAGAAAAAGCGCUUGUUGCUUCAAAAAGUAGACAUGCAAGAAGGAUUCAAAACGCGUUAUCUUAAUUUGAUCUUAUAGUUAUUAAUAAUUAUUUUUGUAAAAACCGUUCUUAUCCUUUAAAUAAAUUUCGAGUUUAAGUAAAAAUUUCAAA